AAAUAAGUACUUCUAAACUAAAAGGAAUGUUAUUGAUUCUAUUACUAAAAAUAAUCUCAUUAAUAAAUUAACGUCACUUAAAUAACUAAAGUAAUUUGAAUGAAAUAUUAAUUUGAUAUUAAUCCAGUGACAAUACAUCAAAAACGAUGAAUUUUCGAAUUGUUGUGAUAGUGUUUUCUUUAAUAGGAACAAAUCUGCCUGUUAAAGCUGAAGAUAUUUGUAAUGUUACUGCCUACGAAGACAUACAAAAUGCAGUAAGUAACUGUAGUACAAUUGUUUUGAAAGAUGUGGAAAUUCCAGCAAAUACAACACUAGAAUUGCAUCUGAACAAUAAUACAGAGUUGAUAUUUGAUGGUAGAUUAACUCAUGUACCUGUGGAUUUGAUUGGGUAUUUGGUAACAAUUUAUGGGAAUGGUCUUACAAUCACAGGAACAAAAGAUCAUGUACUUGAUGGAAUGGGCCCUCAACACUGGAAUGGUAAAAACGAAACCAUAAUUAUGAGGCCGAAUUUGUUGAUGUUUAAAGUAACCAACACUACAAUUAAGAAUCUGAAUAUACUGAACUGUGCCAAUCAUUGUACUCAUAUUUCUGAUUCAUCUGAUGUCAUUGUUUCUAACAUCUUUAUCGACAAUCGGGAAGGUUAUCCCGGUGUGGCACCGGUGGGAAAAUUUGCAGCUAACACGGAUGGAAUAGGCAUAUCAGGAUCCACUGAGAUAUAUAUUUCAGAUGUCGUGGUGUUCAAUCAGGACGAUUGCGUAGCUAUUACUAAAGGACAGAAUAUAUUUGUCGAGAAUUUGUUCUGUAACGGAUCCCAUGGACUGAGCCUCUCUGUUGGUGGAGGUGAUGUCUCAAACGUGAUCUUCAAAGAUUCCAUAUUAACUCAACCCCGACAAGCAAUUCACUUAAAAACUCACAAUGACGGCACCGAUGGUCACAUUUACAAUAUCCUCUAUGAAAACAUCCUCUUUUUAGAUGCCUUUUAAAAUGGGAAUAUCAAUACAACAGAACUACCCCAGUGGCGAACUAAGAGGCAACGUACCUAUAACGAAUCUAACUCUUCUGAAUGUCCAUGGUACUGUUUUGAGUGAUGCAAUACCCGUUUCAAUACUCUGUGCUGAAGGGGCCUGCUCAGAUUGGAACUGGAUAAAUGUCACUGUAUCAGGAACUCAGAGUAAUAAUGAAUGCGAGAAUAUUCCCGAAAAUAUGCGCGAUAAAAUUGUUUGUUCCUAAGGAUAUGAGUUUUAAAUAAAAAAGAACGAUAGUACAA